GAAAGCAGGCAAGAUGUCUCCUGGUAUUCUUGUAACACUGCUGGCUCUGUCCUGCGCUGUUUCUGCUCAGUCAGACGUGGAGACUCAGGCGAGGCAGUUCCUGGAGAAGUUUGACAAGGAGGCCAGUGAACUUAUGUACCAGAACUCGCUGGCAUCAUGGGCCUACAACACCAACAUCACACAGGAGAACUCAGACAAACUGGCGGAACAGGGAGAAAUCUGGGCCAAGUUUUACAACAGUAUGUCUGAAGAGUCCCAGAAAUACCCCAUCGACCAGAUCCAGGACCUGGAAAUCAAAUUACAGCUCAUUUCUCUACAAGACAAAGGCUCUGGUGCUUUGUCCGCGGAUAAAGCUGCACGUCUGAAUAAAGUCAUGAAUGAAAUGAGCACAAUCUACAGCACAGCCAAAGUGUGUAUGAUUGACGACCCGCUCAACUGCCAGACUUUGGAGCCAGGCCUGGACGACAUAAUGGCCAACAGUCGAGACUACUCUGAACGGCUCCAUGUGUGGGAGGGCUGGAGGAUAGAGACAGGAAAGAAGAUGAGACCUCUCUAUGAAGACUACGUUGAUCUGAAGAAUGAAGCUGCCAAACUCAAUGGUUUUGAAGACUACGGAGCUUACUGGAGAUAUAACUAUGAGACUCUUGAGGAAGAUGUUAUGUACCACUACACCCGAGAUCAGCUAAUGGAAGAUGUCCGUUUAAUAUACAAACAGAUCCUUCCUUUAUACAAGGAGCUGCAUGCCUAUGUGAGAGCCAAGCUUAUAGAGAACUAUCCAGGGCAUAUUGAUUCAGAUGGCUUCAUCCCGGCCCACCUGCUGGGUGACAUGUGGGGAAGAUUCUGGACCAACCUGUAUUCUCUAACAGUGCCCUACCCUGACAAGCCAGAUAUUGAUGUCAGCCAGGCUAUGGUGGAGAAGGGUUGGAAGGAGCUUCAGCUUUUCAAAGAAGCUGAGAAGUUCUUCAUGUCUGUGGGCCUGUACAAGAUGUUUGACAACUUCUGGGAAGACUCCAUGUUUGUAUAUCCUACUGAUGGACGCCAGGUGGUCUGUCACCCCACAGCCUGGGACAUGGGAAACGGAAAGGACUAUAGGAUCAAGAUGUGCACCCAGGUCAACAUGGACAACUUCCUCACAGCACACCACGAAAUGGGUCACAACCAGUACCAGAUGGCUUACCGCAAUCUCUCCUACCUUCUGAGGGAUGGAGCCAAUGAGGGUUUCCAUGAGGGUGUUGGAGAAAUCAUGUCCCUCUCCGCUGCAACACCCAAACACCUUCAAAGCCUGGAACUCCUGCCCGCUGACUUCAUUUAUGAUGAUGACACAGAGAUCAACUUUCUGCUGAAACAGGCGCUCACUAUUGUGGCCACACUGCCAUUCACCUACAUGCUGGAGGAAUGGAGGUGGCAAGUGUUUGCAGGGAACAUCACCAAGGAUGAAUGGAUGCAACGCUGGUGGGAGAUGAAGAGAGAACUGGUAGGGGUGAUGGAGCCAGUGCCAAGAGACGAGACUUACUGUGACCCACCUGCUCUCUUCCAUGUAUCUGGAGAUUAUUCUUUCAUCAGGUAUUUCACAAGAACCAUCUACCAGUUUCAGUUCCAAAAAGCGCUCUGCAAUGCAGCUGGUCAUACAGGUGAUCUGUCUACGUGUGACAUCACUAAUUCUACUGAAGCAGGAACCAAGCUAAGGAAUAUGUUAGAACUCGGAAGGUCCAAGUCUUGGACUAGGGCUUUGCAAGCAAUAUCCGGUGACACAAGGAUGGAUGCCCAACCUCUGCUGGACUAUUUCCAAAAGCUUUAUGAAUGGUUGCAGGCAGCUAACAAGAAGCACAACAGGAUGGUAGGCUGGAGUGAAGAUCCAUAUCCAGAAUAUUCCAUUAAAGUGAGAAUAAGUUUAAAGGCUGCCAUGGGCGAUAAUGCUUACCCUUGGAAUGCCAAUGAGCUGUACCUGUUCAGAGCCAACAUUGCAUUUGCGUUGAGGCAGUACUACAGCCAGAAGAACGAGACUCUUCUUUUUACAGCAAAUGAUGUCAUCACCUAUAAGGAGACUCCCAGAGUUUCCUUCUACAUUGUGGCCAAAAACCCAAUCACACCCACCGAAUUCAUCCCAAAGAGUGAUCUGAAGGCAGCCAUCAGGUUAUCUCGAGGCCGGAUCAAUGAAGCCUUCCAGUUAGAUGAUAUUACGCUGGAGUUCGCGGGUAUCCUGCCGACACUGGCCUCACCCACAGAGCAACCCGUGGUGGUGUGGCUGGUGGUAUUUGGUGUGGUUAUGGGCAUUGUGGUGCUAGCUGGCGUCUACCUUGUUGUCGCUGGUGUCAAAGAGCGCAGGAAGAAAAAGCCUGGUGUGGACAACCCCUAUGAUUCAUCCACUGAUGGACAAACUAACAAAGCCUACGAUGACAAUGACAGUGAACAAACUGGAUUCUGAGUCCACCCCCGUCACAGCAGAGCAGAGGGAAGAUCACUUAGUUUAGUUUGCAAAGGAGUUUGACCCUCACAGCUCAUGUAUAGAGCAUACUCCUGUUAAUAAACAGGAUCCUUAAUUACCAUUUAUGUAAUAUACUUUCAUGUCAAUGUUAUUAAAAUAUGCUA